AUGAACAAAGGUACAAAGAAACAAAAAGGUCAUACAAAAGUGAGGAACCACUAUGGAAAGAUGGCAAUUGACCAAACGUUAUUGGUAUCAAUAACAAAAAAUGUUGCUACCAAAGAGAGAGAAUACUUGGACUCAGUAGAAGCAUAUAUUUCAAGGAUGGAGGAUAAUCCAGCAUUUCAUUCAUGCAGUAAAGGCUUAGCAUAUUUACUGUUGCAGUGGAAUGCAAAUUAUCCAACAGAUUCAUUUAUAUAUAGGCUAUAUCAGAAUCCAUAUUCUGUUCUAUUCUUGUAUAAUUUAAUACCAUCUUUAUUUCCUUUAACAAAGAAUGAAGGAACAAGUACUCCAUCUAAGAGUGAAAUAUUGAUGUUUGUCAUUCAGAAUUUAUGUAGGUCAUUACUACGCCACAGUUCUGCUAUUUUAUCCUCUAAUGACCAAAUGGAAAUUACGUUGACAAGAACAAGUAUGGAAUUGACGCAAUUUAUGCAGAUUUGUAUAUCAGAUCAUGAAGAUAUCAUUGUAUUGAUGAGUUUAUGUACGUGUAUCUUAUUUUUAAUGUGUGAUAAUCCAUUGCAGUAUUUCCAUAAUAUUGUAUCUUCAAUUGAGUGUAUAUGCAAGAGCCUCAAUAAUUAUGGUCCUCAACCAUUUAUUUUUCAUAGAGAAGAUAUUCCAGCAAGAGUAUUAUUGUUUACAAGUGACUCUGCUCUACCUUAUCCAUUUAAUAACAAAUACGAACUUGGUAAUUUCGUUAUAUAUCUGAGAUAUCUUGCAAACUUGGCUGAUAUCUAUACAACUUCAAGUGAAAAGACGCUACUUUUAUCACCUAGCAGAAGAACAAUCUUGGAAAAUAUUGUUCAAGUUAUAUAUCCAUCCGUCAAGGACUCAAUUGAAGUUAUAAUAAAGUACUCAUGCAUGCCAUAUAAAUUUAAGAAUAGUACAGUAGAAGAGACAUCUUUGCUUCACUGCAACUUCUUCCCUCCUUUUUUAGCAGAUUUCAUAGCACCAAUAGCAGUAGAUUUGUAUUUGCUUUGGUUAAAUGUAAUCCAGGAUAUCAUGUAUAAGAUGGAAAUGGACUCUACAAAUAAAUUAUUGGUCGUAGAAUCAAUGGAAACAAUAGAUUUAUGCUUUACUCCUUUACUACGACCACAAAUAAGUAACCAAGUAGCACAAAGUCUGAUGAACUACUUGGUUCAUUUUAAUCCUCAAGCAUCUUCAAAUAAAGGUUAUGUGGCUUCGCAAUUGUUGAUUGCAAAGAAUCAACUGGCUGCUUCGCUUGUUGUCUCUCAUUCACUUAUAGAGUCAACAACAUUUUUGUCAAAACUCGCAUACAGCUUUGAUUCUAAUUUAGAUAUAUUAUCUUUAUCAGAUUCCAAUUGGCUGCGUGUUUUAUCAUCGUUUUGUCAGGCGUUUUCUACUUGUAUAGCUCCUUUUUUAAUAUUGCUUGAAUUACUGCGACUCCCUUCUCAAAGAAGAUUUCCACUACAGAUGGAUAGUAUUGGAUAUUUAUCUAAUGAAAGAACAGAGUUAGCAAGAAGUUGUGCAUUCCAAUUGGUGGAGCUAACUUGCGUUACAAUGGAUAAGGCAUCGUCAUCUUUAAAAAGACCACAAAAAUCAUCAAAUGUGACUUCACCAACUACCCAAGAUCAGUCAGUGAUGUUAACAGUUAGUGCUUCAAAUCAGCGACGUGGGGCAGCACCUCAAAUAAGUACAUCGUCAUUAGGAGAAGUAUCAGGUCCUAUUAGUUCCUUAGAUAAGCAAACAUGGACCACUUUCUCAAAUCUCCUUCUUUGUUAUAGGAGACACCUUCAACAGUUAUUGAAUUGUCUUUUUGCUUUAAUAUUAACAGGCUCUAAGGAGCAUAUCUUGGUAUCUCUUAGUGCUUGGGAAAGUAUUGGGUGUGCACUACGCUUAACAGCUUCAUGUUUACCUAAGGCUCACAUGUUCCUGAUGUUUAUUGCAGGGAAUCAAUGGUCUAACAUAAUGGAAUCUCCAAAAUAUGAAAAGGUUGAUGAGGAGUUACAAAGAAGCUAUAUUUUUAAGUUACCAGAUAUUGGUAGUGUUGGUUUAAUUAAUACAUUAAGAUAUGUUGUGUGGUCUGUUGUAGACCUAGGAAAGUAUCCAGAGCAGCUAUAUUUAAAUGAUAGUAACUCAGAUCACUUACUACUUUUAAUGCUACAGAAGAAGCACCAACACUUAAGAAUUAGGGAGAGUGUACGUGAUGCAUUAAGAAAUAUGAUAUACUUUCCUCACUAUUAUUCCCGUAUUGAAAAUAUGGUAAAUGUUAAGAUAGAUAAUGAUAGUCCGCUUUCUGAUAUGGAUAUUCCAUUACCAUUGUAUUCGUUUCAAUUAUUUUUAAAGGAUGUAUUCCUUCGAUUAAAUGGUUAUUAUUUGUAUUAUUGUCAUGAUGACAAAAUUCUAAAGUUAAAAAAGACUGACAACUUGUCUUUUAGCGAUAUCCAAUUAGUUGUUAAUUUAGAAGCGAUUUUACAUGCCUUUAGUGCAGUUUUAAAACGUGGAUUCAGUUCAUACAAAUCUGAUGAUAAAUAUGAUGAAGAUUCCGACAAAAUAGCAGAUAGUUGCGAAGAUCACUUGAAAAAAACUAUGAAUGAGACUUUAGAGGUAUUGUUAAAGGAUGAGGAAAGAUCUAUUGAACAGUCAAUGAAUGGUUCAAUACCUAGAUCACUUCCAAUACUCUCUGAGAAUACCUUUAUAAAGCAAUUGUUUGACGCAAAUUUGUAUCGUAUAUUUGAGAUACUUCAUGAAAUGGAAAGUGAUUUGGACCAUAAAAUAUCUAGCUCAACAAAUAAGGAGCAAGGAAACAAAGAUAGCUUUUAUAGGCAACUACUAUGUACAUUGAUAACUCUGAUGGGGGUUAGCUCAAUGUGGUUUAAUAGGAAACCCAAAUUAUUUUUUUUGAAGUGCUUUAAAUUUGUAUUUAAGUCAUUGUGUCUACCACAAGAGGAUUUGUUAUAUCCAUUGGCUUUGGAACAAGAUCAUGUAGGGGCUGUAGCUCUUUUAAAGCUAUCAUAUCAUAGGCGAUGUUGCAAUUCUGAUAUAUUAAACUUCAUGAUUUCAAAUAGCCUAGAUCUAUUUUACAAGUUGUUUUCUACCGAAACUGCUAGUAUAAAUACCCCUACUAUGACAUUGGAGAGUUAUUUGAUUGUCUUGGCAUCACUGGGUAUUGGAAUUUCUCACUUUUUACUAGCUAAGGAUGUACCUGAAGACAACUAUAUGAGCAAGGAUUCUAUUGAUGCAAAUAAUUCUACUGGAGAAAUUCACAGUGAAUUGUGCUUAUAUGAGUGGAAGAUGUAUGUUCAGGUUACAUUGGAAAAGUACUCUGUAAUGUAUGAUAAUAUUAUUGAAUUUCUACAAGUGAGGAUUUCAAAUCAAAUAUGCACUCAAUGUGGACAUUAUAAAGUCCCUAACUAUUUGAAUGGUCAACACGAUAUUCUAGUUUUAUUAUACCUACUACUCCAUGGUCUUGAAGUCUUAAUUUCAUCAAUUUUUCCAUCGAAAUUGCGUCCAUAUAGUUAUGCAAUGCUGACAAUAGGUGCUGACAAGUUUGAUCAUAAUAAUAUUUUAGACUAUUGUCAAAAAUCACAUUUACACAGUGCUCCUUGUGGCAAUGAGAUAUGGAAUGAGUCUUCAAAUUACAUAACAAAGAUAUUUUUAGAAAAAUUCUACCCCAAAAUUAGAAUUAUUAUCCAUCAAAUAGUGAAAAUAUCUCCAAAUUGGUUUUCACUUUUGUAUCAUCCAUAUUCAUCACUCUUAUCCUGUGUUAUACAACUUCCAAGGUUAUAUAGUAACCAGAGACAACAAAUUGCUGACUUAUUUAAUAUUGUUGGUUAUGAUGAAUUCAAAUUUUUAUCUAAUGAUGUAUCUAUUGAGUGCUUCUUAAGUAACUGUAGAUGUGCAAAUGGGACACAUUUAACUCACCUCCAAAAUAAUUUCGGUAUUGGUGGUAGUAUCAUAAUUAAUAAGAGAGCCGGAGUUAAUUCAAAUAUUUCGUCAAUGUAUCAAAUACUCUUAGAGUCUAUAACGUCUCCUCCAGUAUCAAAUUCAAUGCUUAAAUCUCCUACCACUUGUUUGAGAUGCAAUGCAGCUUCUCUUAAUCAUAAUAUUGGAGGACUUGUAGGAGGUGGUUUAGUUCAUGGAAUAAAAAAUAUUUCUGAUAGUUGCUCUACAUCAAUUUCUGAUAGUAGUGCUUGUAUAUGUAACUUAUUUCCAUGUCUUAUAUUACCAAUUUCAGUAAUGAUGGUUCGAUUAACAUUUAUUGAACCGGUGAACAAUUUAUUGUAUAUUAAACCAGUGCUAUCAUGUAUAAAUUCUCUGGGGACCUUCUCAGUACCUCCUAUUAUGAGAUGUUUAAUUUAUUAUGGAGCAGGCCAUAGCAGCAAUGUGGCUAUGAAGAAUAACAAUGUCUCUGGAGUGAUGAAUUUUGGUUUUGGAAGUAGUGGUUACAACUAUGAUCGCCAUUAUUUAACAUCUAUUCAACCUAUAUCUUCAGCAUAUUCUGAAUUAGAUAAAUUAGUUAGAUUUUGUCAAGGUUUUGUGAAGACAAUUAACCAAGACAGUUACUAUAAUUCUAUACAAAAAAACAAGUUCCAAUGUAAUCAUUGUUGUUCUUUUGAAUAUCACGAUGGGUUAUGCUUGAUAUUAUUGUUAUAUCUUCAGCACAUACACAAUUAUUUUGUAGCUUCAUCUUCAAGUAAAGACCUAUCAGAUAUUACAAAGUCUUCUGCUCGACUUGGAUAUUUACCAUUUAUAGACAACGGGAUUCCAAUCUUGGAGCUUGAAGUAUUUAUUGAGUAUUUGAUAGCCAGAUGCGUUACAACACUAGUUAUUGGUAUUGGACAACAACAACAAAGUACUGAGAAUGUUUGUAAGACAAAUACGUUAUCUUCUUCAUCUGCAAUUACUUCGAGAGCAACUACUGCCUCUUCGACUACAAUGACAAAGUCAGUUGUUUCAACUCAACCUACAAACCUUUUAUCCCUUUCAUUUAACUCAGUAAAUAAUGGGGGGAUGGUUGCAGGGACACAAACAAUAUCUUCGGCAACUUCAGCUGAAAGUGUAGCAACAAUUAGAGUUGUAACAAAUCAACGCUGGGUUGUUGUGACAUUAAGAUAUUUAUUUGGAGAAUUCUAUUCUCUAUCAAAAGUUAAUUCAGUAAUAUUAGAGCGAAUAUUAUUAUGCUCUGUAUGGGGAACUGAAUUAUUAGUCACUAUAUUCACUAUUAUGAUGGACCCAAAUAGCAGUUCAGAAUCAUUUUCAGUAAUUACAGAUAUUCUAUUUUUAAUUCGACAGAUAUUAGAUGUAAAUAGUUUUAAGCAAUUACUGGAGAUGACAUUGAAGAGAAUACCAGUUAGGUAUUUUCUACUUUCAUAUUUCAUUUCACCCUUAUAUCCAUACUUGUAUUUUCCAUCCUUAUUGAAAUCAUCAAAUAUUUACAACCAACAUCAGUCUCAGCAAAUAUCUUCACCAAUAAUACAAACUAUUUCAGCAACUUAUGCCAACAACAGAGCUAGAGGAGUGAUCUCACAUAAUGAUGGACUGAGAAUUUGCGUAAAUGGGCGUAAUAGUAGUAACAAUUCUGGCAUUAGCUUUUCUAAUAAUUCUUGCAACAAUAUGGUAGAUUCUAGUUCACCAGUUGCACAAUCUAUCAAAAAGUCAAUUCAUUACAUAGUAGAAAGUAGUUUUUGGGAAAUAGAUGCAAGCUGUACCAGAAUCAGUGAAGGAAGUGAUGUACAAUUACCACCUAAUAUUACAAUACCACCAUUAUCACCAGUUAUGAAACAUUUCAUUCAACUAUUAUGUGCAGUACCUGUUACUCAAUCAAGUAAAGCAAAAUUCAGACAAGUAUUGAAGGAAUACUGCAUUAGACCAACAGUCAAAUGA